CGACGGUCGUGGCAGCUCCGUGAAUACUUUUUGAUCUAAAGAAGAAAAAGAAGAAACCGUCAAAUUCGCACCGCAAAAUCUAAAGAUAUACCCCAAAACUUUUCAGUGGGGUCCGGGUCUGUGCUUUUUUUCUCGGCGCGACACGGCGCCCGCUUUUUCGCCCCACACACAUGUCUGUAUCUUAUCUGAAUCUUAUCGCACCCUGCCAUCUUCCACCGCCUUCUCCAGUCGCCGCAGUUCAACCAUCAACCCCAUCAUCACCACCCUUCCCGUCCUCCCACAUCCCCCCAUUCCCCUAUAACCCCCGCCCACAAUGGCCUCAGAAGACUAUCGCGCCGCAGUCCCCGGCACCCUCAAACUAAAAGGCGUCUCCAACAACCCUGGCGCCAUAAAAAAGAAGAAGAAAAAAUCCAAAUCCAAACCCUCCGACCUAGAAAAGAACCUCUCUACCGGUCCCCCAGCAGACAAACCAACACCCGAACCCACCCCCGACUCAGAAAAACAACUCCAAUGCCGCUCACCAUCCCAAGAACCACCACCAGAAAACGGGGAGAACGACGAUAAUGACCCCCCAAAGACAGAAGCAGAGCGCAGGUUCCUAGAGGCAAAGCGCAAGAGGUUACAAGAACUCACCUCCUCGGGCAAACUCCGCCCCGAACUCCUCAAAACCCACAAGCAGCGCGUCGAGGAGCUGAAUUCCCACCUCUCCAGGCUGAGCGAGCACCACGAUAUGCCAAAGAUUGGGCCCGGUUAAAUCACAUCACGCCUGUUUGUUGUUGAAUGUCCGGGAAAAAAAGGGGGCACAAUUCCAACUCGAGACAUUCACCAGAGACACCUUGUUUACAUUACUUCUCCAUGCUAUUUUCGAUACCCAAAAUCACUCUCAUAGCGGCCAUAAUAAAUAAAGCGAGAUCAUGCGCAAUCACUACCUAUACUUUUGGAGUUCCAAAACAUGGCAGAGGCUAGGGAUUCGAAUGAUGGAGAGAGAUAUAAUUCGUAGGAUCACAAUCUCACUCAUGUCUCUUUUUGUAAUGUCAAUAGUAUUCCUCUAUCAUCAUGUCAGCAUAGCUACAGCAAAAGCUGCUCCCUACCCAUCCAUUGAUCCCUCUAAUCCACCAAUUAUAAUACCCGUAUAUAUGUACAUUCCCUCCCUUCUCUCUCUCUGUGCAUGUGUUUGUGUUCCAUCUAUGCCAUAUGUUUCCCUUUUGUUACCAUGUGUAUAUCCCUCCC